CGAAAAGAAAUUACGUGAAAGUAAAAGCAUGCGGUUUUGCUGAAAAGUCAAACAACCUUUUUCUCCUUCACCAAUCGCUGCUCCCCUUUAUUAGAGGCGGGGCACCUUGUUAGCUUCCAUUUUUUAAAUAAAGUUUAUAUAAUCGUGCUUUCUUUCGGAAGACAUGGGGGUUGUUACUGACGAUGAAGUGAUUCGGAAACGUCUACUUAUUGAUGGCGACGGAGCAGGAGAUGACCGGCGAAUCAACGUGCUCCUCAAGAGUUUCACCAAAUGGUGCCAUACGCCUGGCUCUCCAGAAGAAGGAUUUACACAGUACCAGAGAAUGCUGGGAACAUUGGCUCAAUGCGAAUUUUCCAUGGGAAAGACGUUGAUGGUUUAUGACAUGAACCUUCGGGAAAUGGAGAAUUAUGAAGCAAUAUAUGCCAGCAUAGAACAAAAUAUUACAGCUGCACAUGAAAAGAUAUCAGAGUGCAAAAAGGAGAUUCAGAGGGCAAAGAGAAUUCGAAAGAAUCGCCAAGAGUAUGAUGCUUUGGCCAAGGUUAUCCAGCAACAUCCUGAUCGACAUGAAACGCUAAAGCAAUUGGAGGCUCUUGACAGAGAACUUAAGCAUCUGUCGCACAUAAAGGAAAAUGUGGAUGCAAAGUUGGAGUUGAGGAAGAAACAGUUUCACGUCCUUCUCAGUACUAUACAGGAGUUGCAACAGACACUUGAGAAUGAUGAAAAAUCAGACAAUGAUGAAAACAACCAGGAAAGCUCCACAGAAAAUGGUGACUGAAUGUUGCAGGGAUUUUAGAGACCCUUUUUAGGUGCUAUUGUUUAGAAAUUGUUUUUGUAAUUUGUUCAUAAUUUUGAAUAAAGUUUUUGUCCGUU